AUCUCGAGACUCGAGCUUGCCGACUCGGAGCAUCAUCUUACACGACCACACCUGCCUUGACCACCAGCGCACGUCGCGCUUUCACAUCCUUCACUCUACUAUUGCGUUAGUUACAUGGCGAUCGACGGUCUUGUUAUUCUGGAUAGUACCGGUCGGCCUAUCGUACAAUCUGGGUUCCGUUCGACUUCGCCUGCAUACCCACUACUUCACAUCGAAGCUCUGAAUGAUGCCCUUUCUAAAGCUCCUCGUCCUGCAGAUGCAGACCCAGUACUGUAUGUCCCCAACACCGGAAUCGACGGUCCCAGCGCGUGCUGCCAUGUCAAGCGCGGGGAGCUGAGAUUCCUAGGUCUAAUGAGUGGCGACACGGAUCCGCUAUAUGUCUUUGCUUUUUUGGAGACGUUCAUUAGUAUCCUUCGCGACUACUUUGGGCAGCUUUCUGCAGAAACGUUGAAAGAGAACUUCGAUGUAGUUUAUCAGCUUUUGGAAGAAACUCUGGAUGCGGGUGGACAUCCAUCCACGACCUCUAUUAAUGCUUUGAAGGACAUCGUCCUUCCUCCGUCCCUACUUUCGAAAGUGCUGUCUGUCGCUGGCGUCUCUGGGCUCGCAAGUCCGGGAACAAAUUCACAUCCAUUUGCUUCGCCCAUACCUUGGCGCAAGGUGGGAGUGCGUUACAACAGCAACGAGAUAUUUUUUGACGUCGCGGAGGAGCUAAAAGCGGUGGUCAAUAAGAAUGGCGGUAUCAUUGUCAGCUCGGUCUGGGGCAAGGUCCACACAAAUUGCAGACUGUCUGGGACCCCAGAUUUGCUUCUAUCUUUCAGCAAUGCUCAGCCUUUAACCGAUUGUUCGUUCCAUCCGUGUGUUCGUUUGCAACGGUGGUCGAGAGACAAAAACCUGUCAUUCGUCCCGCCAGAUGGUCGAUUUAUUCUGAUGGAAUACAAAUAUACUCCGGGAGGUGUACAUCAUGUCGCUGUACCCUUUGCAUUAAAGGCGUCAGUAGACUGCGAAGUGAACGGGGGUUCAUUCGAUGUAGCCCUGACAUCACGUCUGACUACAAAGGUGCUUGAGAACAUGAACGUGGAACUAUACCUUGGAGAAGGUGCUACUUCUGCAAGUUGUGUUGUUUCCAAUAACACGUCAUGGAACUUCGACCCACGAACAAGGAUUCUUCACUGGAACAUAAAGGCAGUAUCGCCGUCUUCGAGCUUCUCCUUGAAAGGAACAUUCUCUUCGACGUACGAUUUCAAAUUGUCUUUGCUUUCUGGACGAUGGCUUAUGUUAAUUAUACCCUCAGUGCCGAACAGCCCCGACCAUCCCAUGCUUUUCGUGCAAGAUUCGAAAUCCCCCAACACAGUUUUUCUUCACUCAAAGUAGAUCAGUUGAAGAUAACCGGUGAGAUGUACAAACCGUACAAGGGUGUACGAGGGCGUUCUACUGGUGAUGUGGAAUGGCGCUGGUAGUCGAUGGUGGCACGGUGCAUAUGUAAUGCAGGGAGUUCGUGGAACUCAAUAAUGUAACCCUCAGAUUCCUUGCUCAAGUUUUCUCAUGUCUGCUCCUACAGCUCACUUCUCCGGGCCCCGUUGCCUGCUUCAGGAAUUUUCCGUCUACGCCCAUGUGUCGUUCCGAGAUACGGCAGCUUCACGACAGACACCGAGUAUACGAUAAAGCUUCUUCGAAGAAUGGCUGUAUUAUGUCAGGAAACACGCGAUUUUAUUCAGAGUGACGGGAAAGUCGAGCUGACUACCCAAGGUGGU